GGCAGACAUGCAGCCAGGGCCCCAGGGCCUGGACAGGGCCCUCCAGGCCCCGUGACGGGAGGACCCCGAGCCCCUGGCCCGGGGAGGGGGCCAUGGUGCUGCCUGCCCGACAUGUCAGCCGAGGUGCGGCUGAGGCGCCUUCAGCAGCUGGUGUUGGACCCCAGCUUCCUGGGGCUGGAGCCCCUGCUCGACCUUCUCCUGGGCGUCCACCAGGAGCUGGGCGCCUCUGACCUGGCCCAGGACAAGUAUGUGGCCGACUUCUUGGAGUGGGUGGAGCCCAUCGCGGAGAGGCUUAAGGAGGCCCGACUGCAGAGGAAUGACUUCGAGAUUCUGAAGGUGAUCGGACGCGGGGCGUUCAGCGAGGUGGCGAUGGUGAAGAUGAAGCAGACGGGCCAGGUGUACGCCAUGAAGAUCAUGAAUAAGUGGGACAUGCUUAAGAGAGGCGAGGUGUCGUGCUUCCGCGAAGAGAGGGAUGUGUUGGUGAACGGGGACCAGCGCUGGAUCACGCAGCUGCACUUCGCCUUCCAGGAUGAGAACUACCUGUACCUGGUCAUGGAGUACUACGUGGGCGGGGACCUGCUAACGCUGCUGAGCAAGUUUGGGGAGCGGAUCCCGGCCGAGAUGGCGCGCUUCUACCUGGCCGAGAUUGUCAUGGCCAUAGACUCGGUGCACCGGCUGGGCUACGUGCACAGGGACAUCAAACCGGACAACAUCCUGCUGGACCGCUGCGGCCACAUCCGCCUAGCGGACUUCGGCUCCUGCCUCAAGUUGCGGGCGGAUGGAACGGUGCGGUCACUGGUGGCUGUGGGCACCCCGGACUACUUGUCUCCCGAGAUCCUGCAGGCCGUGGGCGGUGGGCCCGGGACUGGCAGCUACGGGCCCGAGUGUGACUGGUGGGCGCUGGGCGUGUUCGCCUAUGAAAUGUUCUACGGGCAGACGCCCUUCUACGCCGACUCCACAGCUGAGACCUACGGCAAGAUCGUGCACUACAAGGAGCACCUGUCUCUACCGCUGGCAGACGCAGGAGUCCCUGAUGAGGCUCGCGAUCUCAUCCAGCAGCUGCUGUGUCCCCCCGAGAUGCGCCUGGGCCGGAAUGGGGCAGGCGAUUUCCAGAAGCAUCCUUUCUUCUUUGGCCUUGACUGGGACAGCCUCCGAGACAGCGUGCCCCCCUUUACGCCGGAUUUCGAGGGUGCCACGGACACGUGCAACUUCGAUGUGGUGGAAGACGGGCUCACUGCCAUGGUUAGCGGGGGCGGGGAGACGCUGUCGGAUAUGCAGGAAGGCAUGCCACUGGGGGUCCACCUGCCUUUCGUGGGCUACUCCUCCUAUUCCUGCAUGGCCCUCGGGGCUGAUGAGAUCCUGGGCUCCGUGCCCAUGGAACUGGAGGCCGAGGCGUUGUCUGAGCCAUUGCAAGAGCCCAGCCCGGAACCCACGGUGCCCCCACCAGAGGAAACGGCUGAAGCGGCAGUUCCGAAGGCCAUUCCGGAGGCGGUGGCAGAGGCCGAGGUGACGCUGCGGGAACUCCAGGAGGCCCUGGAGGAGGAGGUGCUUACCCGACAGAGCCUGAGCCAGGAGCUGGAGGCCAUCCGAACGGCCAACCAGAACUUCGCCAGCCAACUCCGCGAGGCCCAGGCCCGUAACCGAGACCUGGAGGCGCACGUCCGGCAGCUGCAGGAGCGGAUGGAGUUGCUUCAGGCCGGGGGAGCCGCAGCUGUCACAGGGGUCCCCAGUCCCCGGGCCACGGAUCCACCUUCCCAUAUGGCCCCCCGGCCGUGGCUCUGGGCCAGUGCCCGCUGGUGGGGCCAGGCCCCAUGCACCGCCGCCACCUGCUGCUCCCUGCCAGGGUCCCUAGGCCUGGCCUAUCGAAGGCGCGUUCCUUGCUCCUGUUCGCCUCUGCUCUGGCUGGUGCCGCCGCCCUGGGCUGCAUUGGGUUGGUGGCCUGCGCCGGCUAUCUUGCCGCAGUCUGACCCCGCCCGGGAUCCGCCUUCGCCGCCUGAACCCUAGAACCCGAGCCUGUCCUCCACUCGGGCUCCGCUGGAGGGUUUGGAGACCCAGGCACGGCCCAGAAGCCACUCCCACCGCCUCCCAGUUCACAGCACUCCGAGCGUGGGUUUCCGCCCCAGCUCCAGCCCUGUGAUCCGGGCCCGCCCCCUGGCGGCCGGGGAGGGAGGAGCCGGGGCCGCGGCUCCAGGGAGGCUUGUAGCCGGGAAUGCUGCUGCUGCUGCUGCUGCUGCUGCUGCUGCUGCUGGGGGGAUCGCGGACCUCUUCCUUUCUCCGGCCUAGCUGAGGCUCCCGACGUGGAUGGGCAAGCUGCGACCUAGAGAAGGCAGCAGGGCCAAGGCUCGGCAUCUGUUUUUCACCCUCCAGGCACCCCACCCACAUCGGCUUGCAAACCACAAAUCCUCCUUGUGCCUGAGGCCCUGCCCUCCCGGGAAGACUCUCUUUCCGCGGUGAACGUCUAGCGCGAGCUCCUCCUUUGCCUUUUGACAGUCCCGCUUUUUUCGGGGACUCUCGCGCCCUCUUCACGUGCGCUGCUCUCGGAGCCACAGCCGGCUCUGCCCGCCUCGGCAGCAUGGGUAUUUAUUGACCUUUCCUCCGACCCGCUGACUGGCUCCAGGACCCCAGCACCCUAAUCCACGUUUUGGAUGCACUGAGACCCCGACAUUCCUCGGUAUUUAUUGUCUUUCCCCACCUAGGACCCCACCCCCGAUCCUCGCGAAUAAAAGGCCCUCUCGUCUGCCCAAAA